CUAGAAGCGAGCGAGCGAUCGGCUGAUGUGUAGUCAAGUGGUAGAAUUUCAGUCAGAACUAAAUACUCACCGCGAUAGGUUAGUAAGUCAGUCCGUUUUGAUUUUGCGUAAAAUCAACAGAUUUUAUCACAAUUGCAAUAAAAUGCAAUUCGUAGCAUCUGAGCAUCCCCAUCGACGAUUCAAUCCAUUGAUUGGUAGUUGGGUGUUGGUGAGUCCACAUCGCAUGCGGCGACCAUGGACGGGGCAACAGGAGGCGCCACAGAAAAGCAACAUACCCGAUUUUGAUCCCACUAACCCACUUAGUCCAGGCGUGGCGCGACCAAAUGGCACCGUGAAUCCGGUAUAUACAGGAACAUUUGUAUUCACAAAUGACUUUCCGGCUUUGAUGGAGGACAAUCCGGUACCACCACCGUCAGAUGAUCCCCUAUUUCAAGUGUCGGAGGCAAGAGGUACUUGUCGAGUUAUGUGCUUUCAUCCCAAAUCGAAUGUAACACUGCCACAGAUGACCGUCGGCGAAAUAAUUGCCGUUAUAGAUGAAUGGAUCAAACAGUUCAAUGAAUUGAGUAAAAAAUUCCUCUGGGUACAGGUGUUUGAGAACAAGGGUGCUGCUAUGGGUUGUUCGAAUCCACAUCCUCACUGCCAAAUAUGGUGCUGCUCAUUCCUACCUACGGAACCACAAAUCAAAGACGAACGAUUGCGCAAUUACUACACCAAGAAUGGCCGACCAUUGUUGUCAGAUUACGUGAAACGAGAGUUAGAACGUAAGGAACGUAUUGUUGUCGAGAAUCCCGAUUGGUUAGUUGUGGUGCCUUUUUGGGCUGCUUGGCCCUUUGAGACUCUACUUAUAUCCAGAAAUGACAACAAACGCAUAAGUGAUGUUACUUUAACUCAGCGAGAGAAUUUGGCGAAAGUUAUAAAGGAAUUAACAACUAAAUAUGAUAACUUAUUCCAAUGCUCCUUUCCAUACUCAAUGGGUUUUCAUGGUGCUCCUACUGGCGAAGCCACCGGCGUUGACACGUCUCAUUGGACACUUCACGCACUUUACUACCCGCCUCUAUUGCGCUCUGCCACUGUGCGCAAAUUCAUGGUCGGGUUCGAAUUACUGAAUGAGGCGCAACGCGAUUUGACACCGGAGCAAGCAGCCCAACGUCUGCGUGAAAUUGAUGGCGUUAAACAUUAUUCGGCAAAUUAAUAAAAAAAAAUUAAAAAAUAAUAAUAAUAAAUAAAUAAAGAAUAUACAGAUAUGCAUAUAAUUAUUAUAUAUAUAUUUAUAUUAUAUAUAUGUAUGUAUAUAUAUAAAUUAUGUGAAACGGUGUAGUUAAGUUCGAUUAACAGGGAAGUAACCAUCUUAUAUUUAUUUUUAGCGAGAAAAAGUUAAAUGUAUAAAUGAUUUAUGAUAGAACCAAAGACAAAAUAAUAAAAAUAUUAGUUUUCCAAUUUGUUAAUAUAUUGAAUAUUUAUUGUUUCAUACAUAGAAAGCACAUAUGCACAUCAAUAUGCGUGUAUAAUGUAAAUUUAAUUUAACCUACUAUCUAAAAGUCUGUCUUUGCUUUGAAUAUAUAUGAAUAUAUUAUUGAAAACAUUAUUUGCACAA